GAAUGUCUCAGCAUGAUGGUAAUCCUACUAAACUGUGUCACACUUGGAAUGUAUCAACCCUGUGAUGAUAUGGAUUGCCUCUCCAACAGAUGUAAAAUUUUGCAAGUGUUUGAUGACUUCAUUUUUAUCUUCUUUGCUAUGGAAAUGGUGCUGAAGAUGGUGGCCCUGGGGAUAUUUGGCAAGAAAUGCUACCUUGGAGAUACCUGGAACCGCCUAGAUUUCUUCAUUGUUAUGGCUGGGAUGGUGGAAUAUUCCCUGGAUCUUCAAAAUAUUAACUUGUCUGCAAUUCGCACUGUACGAGUUCUGAGGCCCCUUAAAGCCAUUAACCGAGUGCCUAGCAUGCGAAUAUUGGUGAAUUUGCUCUUGGACACAUUACCCAUGCUGGGGAAUGUUCUGCUUCUCUGCUUCUUUGUCUUCUUCAUCUUUGGCAUCAUCGGUGUACAGCUGUGGGCUGGUCUACUGAGGAAUCGCUGUUUCAUGGAUGAGAACUUGACAAUCCAAGGUAACAUCACUCUUCCUCCCUAUUAUCAACCUGAGGAGGAUGAUGAAAUGCCCUUCAUCUGUUCACUGUCAGGCGAUAAUGGUAUCAUGGGCUGUCAAGAGAUACCCCCACUCAAAGAACGGGGCCACGUGUGCUGCUUGGACAAGGACGACUACUUCUACUAUACCUCGGUCAGGCAGGAGUUCAACGUCAGUGGCAUGUGUGUUAACUGGAACCAGUAUUACAAUGAGUGUCGUACAGGCAAUGCCAAUCCACACAAAGGGGCAAUCAACUUUGAUAAUAUUGGCUAUGCGUGGAUUGUUAUAUUCCAGGUGAUCACUCUGGAAGGAUGGGUGGAGAUUAUGUAUUAUGUGAUGGAUGCUCAUUCAUUCUACAACUUCAUUUACUUCAUUUUGCUGAUCAUUGUGGGGUCCUUUUUUAUGAUCAACCUGUGCCUAGUAGUCAUUGCCACCCAAUUUUCCGAGACCAAGCAACGAGAACACCAACUGAUGCAGGAGCAGCGAGCACGGUACCUGUCCUCCAGCACUGUGGCCAGCUAUAUGGAACCCGGAGAUUGUUACGAAGAGAUCUUCCAAUAUGUCUGCCACAUUGUUCGUAAAGCUAAGCGUCGCACCCUUGGCUUCUACAACAGCCUGCAGGAUCGUCGUCUCGGUCCAACAGAACCAGGCACUGCCAAACAGAGAGUGAUUGGAAAAGACCGGAAGCAAUACUCACGUUGCCGGAAACAUUCUUCUAUUGAUUACAUGCCUCAAGGACUUGGUCAGCCUACUAGCAAGACACUGGUCUCUGAAGCCAGCAACUGCCCCAAAUGUUACAAGACCCAGCAGGAAGCAACCCAAAGACUUUCUGUGCUUGAUAGUGUCAAUUCAGAUCAGGAAGAUGGAGAAAAAGUCUGUGACCAAGAGGGAGAUGGCGGGAAAGGAGUCAUGGAGUCUAACACGGAUUUGGAAAAAGAAGAGGAUGAUGGAGAAGAGAGAGGACAGCUCAUGCUUUGCAAUGAUAUGUGGCAAGAAGUAAGAGUCAAAUUGAGGGGAAUUGUGGAUAGCAAAUACUUCAACCGUGGAAUAAUGAUUGCAAUCCUCGUAAAUACCAUCAGCAUGGGCAUUGAGCAUCAUGAACAGCCAGAGGAGCUGACAAAUAUUUUGGAAAUUUGCAAUGUUGUGUUUACCAGCAUGUUUGCCCUGGAGAUGAUUUUGAAACUUGCCGCCUUUGGUCUCUUUGAUUACCUUCGCAACCCAUACAACAUUUUUGACAGUAUCAUUGUCAUCAUCAGCAUCUGGGAGAUUGUAGGUCAGGCUGAUGGUGGCCUCUCAGUGCUGAGGACAUUCCGGCUACUGAGGGUGCUGAAACUGGUGAGAUUCAUGCCUGCGUUGCGGCGCCAACUUGUGGUACUGAUGAAGACAAUGGAUAAUGUAGCCACCUUCUGCAUGCUCCUCAUGCUCUUUAUCUUUAUCUUCAGCAUCCUUGGAAUGCACAUCUUUGGUUGUAAAUUUAGUCUUAGAACUGACACAGGAGACACAGUCCCUGACCGGAAAAACUUUGACUCCUUACUUUGGGCCAUUGUCACUGUAUUCCAGAUCUUGACACAGGAGGAUUGGAAUGUUGUACUUUAUAAUGGCAUGGCCUCAACCUCCCCAUGGGCAUCACUUUAUUUUGUGGCUCUCAUGACCUUUGGAAACUAUGUUCUCUUCAACCUACUGGUGGCGAUCCUAGUGGAGGGAUUCCAGGCAGAGGGUGAUGCUAACCGCUCAUAUUCCGAUGAGGACCAGAGUUCAUCAAAUAUUGAAGAAUUUGACAAGUUCCAGGAUAGUUCAGAUCCAAAGCUUUGUGCAAUUCCCAUGACUCCAAAUGGACAUCUUGACCCCAGUCUUCCUUGUCUAAACCAGCCUGGGGCAAGUGCUGGAAUGAUGAAUCCAUCCCUCAAUACUCUGCAGUCAGAUAUCCUCAUGGCCCUUGAAUCUCGGAAAAACAGUGUGAUGUCUUUAGUAAAUGAAUUUAAAUCCAUCUGCAACAUACUUAAGUUAACAGUUGUACAGUAUAUUAGGAUCAUCUUCCAACUCCAAUAUUUAAGAAUUUGGUCUUUAAUUAGUAGAAUCAUUAUGUUGGGAGCACUAAAUGUUUUUCUUUUGGCUUUCUUACAGUCUAGCUCCCGUAGCUCUCAUCACCACGGGACUCGGUAUCAUAGCGGAGGCUGGGGAAGCAGACGUUCCAGUUGGAACAACCUUGCUCGAGGACAUAGCCUCAAACACAAGCCUUUUUCAGCCGAACAUGAAUCACUUCUAUCUGGGGAGCGGCACACGAUAACAGAGGCAGAAGGAGAAAGGCCAGUAAUUCACCAUCAUCGACGGACAUUUUCAUUGGAUACCAAAGAUUCCUCUGAACUGGAAUUGGCUCCAGCAGUCUUAUCCGGGCACAAGCCAUCAUGGAAGAUAGGAGUGACUCUAGGGUCAAACAAGCACCAGGACUGCAAUGGUAAAAUGCCCACAAUCGCUAAGGAUAUCUUUCCAGAAAUGAACAAUCGGAAAGACCAUGGAGAAGAUGAUGAAGAGAUAGAUUAUAGCCUGUGUUUCCGUAUAAAGAAGAUGAUAGAGGCCUACAAGCCAGAUUGGUGUGAGUUGCGGGAAGAUUGGUCCAUCUAUUUAUUCUCACCAGAAAACAAAUUUCGCAUUCUCUGCCAAACUAUCAUUGCUCACAAGCUAUUUGAUUAUAUCGUCCUCGCCUUCAUUUUCUUGAACUGUGUUACUAUUGCCUUGGAGAGACCUGAGAUUGAACAGAGGAGCACAGAGAGAAUCUUCCUCACGGUGUCCAAUUACAUCUUCACAGCAAUCUUUGUUGCUGAGAUGACACUGAAGGUAGUCUCUCUUGGUCUGUAUUUUGGAGAACAGGCCUACCUACGCAGUAGUUGGAAUAUCUUGGAUGGCUUUUUGGUGUUUGUAUCCAUUAUUGAUAUCGUAGUUUCAGUAGCCUCUGCUGGCGGAGCCAAAAUCCUAGGAGUGCUAAGAGUCCUCCGACUUCUGCGCACUUUACGCCCUCUGAGGGUCAUCAGCCGUGCUCCAGGUUUGAAGCUGGUGGUUGAAACUCUCAUUUCAUCACUCAAGCCUAUUGGAAAUAUUGUCCUCAUCUGCUGUGCUUUCUUUAUCAUCUUUGGAAUUCUUGGAGUGCAGCUUUUCAAAGGAAAAUUCUACCAUUGCCUGGGUGUUGAUAUCCGAAAUAUCACAAAUAGGUCUGACUGCAUGGCUGCCAAUUACAAAUGGGUCCAUCAAAAAUACAACUUUGACAAUCUGGGCCAGGCUUUGAUGUCACUCUUUGUUCUGGCUUCCAAAGAUGGCUGGGUUAAUAUUAUGUACAAUGGAUUGGAUGCUGUGGCUGUGGAUCAACAGCCAGUGACCAACAACAACCCUUGGAUGCUACUUUACUUCAUUUCUUUCUUACUCAUCGUCAGCUUCUUCGUGCUCAACAUGUUUGUAGGGGUGGUGGUGGAGAAUUUCCACAAGUGUCGGCAACACCAAGAAGCUGAAGAGGCCCGGAGGCGGGAAGAAAAGCGUUUGAGGCGCCUGGAGAAGAAGCGUAGGAAAGCACAGCGCUUGCCAUAUUAUGCCACCUACUGCCCUGUCCGUCUCCUCAUCCAUUCAGUCUGCACCAGCCAUUACCUGGACAUCUUUAUCACCUUUAUAAUUUGCCUUAACGUUGUCACCAUGUCUUUGGAGCACUACAACCAACCGGUGUCCCUGGAGACUGCUCUUAAGUAUUGCAACUACAUGUUUACUACAGUCUUUGUUUUGGAAGCAGUUUUGAAGCUUGUGGCCUUUGGACUGAGACGCUUUUUUAAAGACAGGUGGAACCAGCUGGAUCUAGCUAUUGUUCUGCUGUCAGUCAUGGGAAUUACUCUGGAGGAGAUUGAAAUCAAUGCUGCCCUUCCAAUCAAUCCCACCAUCAUCCGCAUCAUGAGAGUGCUUCGUAUUGCCCGAGUUUUGAAGCUUUUGAAGAUGGCAACUGGGAUGAGAGCUUUAUUGGAUACAGUAGUGCAAGCACUGCCACAGGUUGGUAAUCUUGGACUUCUCUUCAUGCUCCUUUUUUUCAUCUACGCUGCUCUAGGAGUGGAGCUUUUUGGCAAACUUGUAUGCAAUGAUGAGCACCCAUGUGAAGGAAUGAGUCGCCAUGCCACCUUUGAGAAUUUUGGAAUGGCCUUCCUCACACUUUUCCAGGUUUCCACUGGUGACAACUGGAAUGGCAUUAUGAAGGAUACACUACGUGACUGCACUCAUGAUGAUCGGAGCUGCCUGAGCAACCUACAGUUCAUCUCUCCACUCUACUUUGUUAGCUUCGUGCUCACAGCCCAAUUUGUCCUCAUCAAUGUUGUAGUAGCUGUCCUUAUGAAGCACCUAGAUGACAGCAACAAGGAAGCACAGGAGGAUGCAGAAAUGGAUGCUGAGAUUGAGCUUGAGAUGGCACAUGGAUUGUGCCCUCAUAGCAUGAGCUCACUGAAUCCUGGACAAGAUGGAGGAGGUGGGAGAAAGGAGUCUGAAGGACAUCUAUGCAUGACAUGUUACUCUCCAGCACAGGAGAACUUAUGGCUGGACAGUGUGUCUUUAAUAAUUAAAGACUCCUUCGACGGGGAGUUAAUGAUCAUCGAUAACCUAUCGGGCUCCGUCUUCCAUCAUUACUCCUCGCCGGCCAUGUGCGAGAAGUGUAACCAUGACAAGCAAGAGAUCCAGCUGGCUGAAAUGGAGGCCUUAUCGCUCAAUUCUGAUAAGUCUUCUAUCCUGCUAGGAGAUGAUGGAGAUAGUUCCAACAUUGACCAGCCAAGUCCCAAGGAAAAGGAUGGUGAAGACAGCCCUAAUUCUACAAGGAAUACAGGCUUGGAAGAAUGUCUCUUCCCUUUAACAAAUACAGGACCUUCUCUGCCUCCAGAAAACUACCAGUACGAAAUGGAAAAAAUCCCUUUCAGUCAAGCUCAGUCUUGGCUAAAUAAUGAGACCAAUGAAGUUGAAACAGAGUUUUUUCUCCCUGCUGUUUCUGCUAAACUGUCAAGUCAAGAGAAAGCAUCUUGUCCAGAGAACCUUCCUAAAAUCUCUCUGCAAGCUUCCUGGGCCUCACUGCAAUCUCCAAAUGUAAACUCCUCACUUAUUCACCAGACCACAGAGAGUGACACUUCCCUUGAUGAUGGCAGGAGCAAUAGCUCAGAAGGCAGCUUGCAGACCACACUGGAAGACAGUUUAAACCUUAGUGACUCACCCCAGUGCGCCCUAGACCUCCCGGUAGUAUUAUGCCCAGUGCCAGCAGCCACCCAAAAAGCUUUGGUGGUCCCACUUUCCCCUGCCUCCCGAAGGCAAAGCAUAAGGGGCCGUGGCAUCUUUACUCUCCAGAACAUCAGGAGGCACCAGCGGAGCCACAGCAGUGGAGGAAGCACUAGUCCGGGUUGUACUUAUCAUGAUUCCAUGGACCCUUCUGAUGAAGAAGGGAUUGGGAGCAGCCUAAGGGGAGGAGGCAACAGCAGUGAGCAGUCAGAGACCCUCAGCAGUUUCUCUCUGACUUCUCUCUUUUCACCACCUCCUCCAUCUCAAGCUCUGGCACUUGUGAAGAAGUGCAACAGCACCAGCAGUCUCCAUGCCAACUCUUCUUCACGGAGUUCUGCAGCAAACGAAGCCAAGCAGUUCUACUCAGUUGACCCAAGGGGUUUUUUAUCCAUGCCAUCUUGGGUGACAGACUUCUGCAAGAACAGCCCUUCUCCAAGAGAGGGUGGUGUACCAGAGGGCUUGGACAAAAUUGGGACUCCAGACCACAGCCCCCCGGUUCCUUCUGAGUUGCAACUGGGGACCAGAGUCAGCAAGAGACAUAGAUGAGUCUCCCUGCGGCAGGGAGGAAGAAUGAAAUGUGAAAAAGGCUUGUUCUGGCUGCCACUUCCCAACAGCAGUUCCCAAUGAGAGGACUGUGGAAAGGGGGAAAAAGCAGCCACACAAAAUAUAAAUAUGUAUGUCUGUAUGUGUGCACGUGUGUAUGUGUGUCCGCUUGUGUGUAUGUGUGGAAAACAAGACUUUUGUACCAUACCUCAGAGACUUGAGAGAGUGAUAGCAAUAUGAGAACAUCCCACAUUUGCAGGCUGCCGCUACCUCUGCAAAAAUGACAGUGGGAUGAAGUUAAGAGGGUGAAGAAGACACUCCAACCAAAUAACUAGCUGGCUGGAUGCAGCUAUUUAGCCCUCUGCAUAUACAAAUAUAUAUGUACAGAUAUAUAGAACGAUUUAUUUAUUUUUUUUAUAGAGAGCUUAGGACUUCCAGAAAGUGCUAAGUAUGAAAAGGGCAGGGUCUUGGGGGAAAAAAUAACUUUAAAAUGAAAUGGGGAAUCCAGCCAGAUUUUUAGGGCUUGGAGAUCUCUUUCAAGCAAAAUUGCAUAAUUCAUGUUGUGUUUUGUGGGGUGGUGAUGGUGGUGGUAGUAAAAACUAUGAUCCACAUCUUGGCGGGAGGGUGGGGGAGCUAUUUAUAUGAAGAUACUCUUUGGAGAUACUUCGAGGGGGUGCCACAGCAUCUGAAGCUCAGCUUUGUUAAACUCCUCAGGUAGCAUCAGUGAAAUUCUCAGACUCCUUAAAUGUGAACACAACCAGUAGAAAAGAUGAUGUGGGCUGUGUAAAAUUGAAAGCUCUAGGUCAGGGGUGUCCAGACUUGGAAACUUUAAGACUUGUGGACGUGGCCAGCUGGGGAAUUCUGGGAGUUGAAGUCCAUAAGUCUUAAAGUUCCCAAAUUUGGACACCCCUGCUCUAGGUGGCCUUCCCCAGUAGGACACCCUCAGGAAGUUUUAGUUUCCAGAGGGUAACAGGAAGAACCAGGAGGCAAAAGCAGAAGCCACAUGGUAAAUUACUCGGUGCUCUGAUUUUCAUUGAUUGUGCUUUGUUUGUUUGUUUGUUUGUUUGGGGGAGGAUUUAGAAAGAAGGUUACGUGGGGAAAACCACUUUGUACUGCUUAGGGAUCGGGAUUUGUAGUUUAUUUUGUUUACUAUUCAAUAUUUGUGAAAAAAAAAUCUAUUUUAGAAGCCCAGAGAUGCAAAAACCAUCUCUAAAGAAAAGUAUGCUAUUUUUUACAAAUAUAUUGAAAGAAAAAAAAAAGCUAGAGAAUGAGGAAGAAGUGUAACAAGCUCUUUGUAUCCAACAUAGGCCUGUUAUUUCUGUUAUUUUGAUCCUCCCAGAACCAUUUCUAUGUUUCCAUAAGAAAAGAACACAAUUAUGCCUUUCAUGGCUUUGUUAGCUAAGUUAAAUAGUCUCAGAUGAGAUGCCUCCAGCCAUUCUAAGAAUGCAAAGUAAUUGAUUAGCAUUUUUUUUUUUACUGAUAAUCAGGCCAAGCUGCAUGUCAUGAUUUGACACUGCAUGUAACUUUUUGAAAUUAUAGAUAAUUGCUAGGAUGGGAGAAGCAAGACUGGAACUAUAACAUAAAAGGAGGAAAAAAAACCCAUCCAGAAAUCUCUGUCAAAUCCAUUACUAGAUUGGGGGGCGGUGACUUUUGCACUACAUUCCUGACAAAAAUUCCAUUUCACACUUGUGGGAGCUGUUAUUUGAAAUGAAAAGGAAAUUAGCAUCAGUGAGAGCUUCUCUUUUAAGCCAAGCAAUAGUUUCAUUAAUAGGGUGGCACUGGAGAAAAUACUGUUCUCCCAGUUAUGAUCCAGCUGCUAUUUUCUCUUUUAGAAUAACAGCAAACAGCAAACUAUCUAUUUAAUGUCAUGUGUUAUUUGGCCUUAAGUGAGCAUGUGUAUGCAUGGCUGUAUAUGGAGGAUGGAGUGUUAGAGGAAGAAGACUGGAUAGCUGGAACUUGCUCAGUUAUAUGGCAUCUGGGAUCAUUCCCACAAUAAACUUCUUUCCCUGUUAUAAACCACAUUUUCAGCAGCUCAGUCACUUUCAAGAUACAUUUUUAUCAUAAUGUUUUCAUUAUUAGCCAAGCCAUCAGGCAGAAAGCCUGGUUUCUGAAAAUAUUAUCGUUUUCUAUUUCAAGGCAAGAACGCAACAAUCAUAGGUACAAUUCCCCAAUUAUUUUGUUAUGACACCCCCCCCCAAAAAAAUCUGGCAACUUAAAUGACUUGGGCUGAGCUAUGAUAUACAGAAAUGGGCAGUUGAAGGUUUAACUUUACAUGAAAAUAUUCUAUUUCAGUAGUUUAUUGAUAUAGAUUGAACUAAUCAAGGAGAGAAGCAACUUAGAACUGAGGAGAAAUUUCCUGA